AAUUCAGAGAGCAAGUACAAAACAUCGUAAAUUUACCAUCUUUCGAUGUGGGUUUCAUCAUGAUCCUUACAGUAAUUUGUAGCCUUGUUUUUGCUUCCCUAAUAGUCGCCUUUGUAUUCAGGUUUCUUACAAAGGCUAAGACACUUCAACUUCAACAGCUAGAGAUUGAAAGAGCCCUUUUCAAGUAUGAGAAUUUCCUAUUUCUCAAUAUGGCUCAGCACAAAGUAAUUUUUGAAGCAAUAAUGGAACAACGGAUAUCAAGCCAACUACAAAAAACUGUUUUGCCUGUGGGAAGCAUGUUUGAGGGCUGUCACAUUGCCGAGUGUACAGAUGAUGGAAGAAUUAUACAGGAGAUGGAUUUCAUGCUUAUCUUACCAGAUGCCAUUGCCACUGAAGGGGACAGUGAAGCACUGAAAUGUGUUUCAGUGGAAGGACCUAAUCCAGGUUAUGUCAAUUUGAAAGUGUUAGAUGCGACUCGCAUCUCAAUACAAGAUACACCAGCACUAAAAGAUCUGGUGGAUCCAUUCACAAUGCUUUAUGAAAUACAUAAUGAAGAACUGUUCCUUUCCCACAAAUUUGUCAAGAUGUUUGAGCGACGAGUGGAGUAUGCAGUGAUGCAUGUGAUGGGAACAAAAUUCAACCCCUCCCUAGGCCUUGAGCUUGGAAUGAAACGUAAAAUUGUAGAGGAUUUUUAUCCAGUUAUGACCAUUUUCCUUAAAGAGCCCAUCAACAUGUUGAUUUGGCCUGACUCUGAUGCUUGGCCAGACACAGCAGUAGGAGCACUUUUUGACACACUGUCAGCCAUCGAAGGAUCGCAGAGUGACAGCUCUUGGGAAAAUCAGAUUAUUGACAUAGCUCCUACUAUACUCUGUCAAGUUCCUGCAGAUAUCAAAGAUGCAUGGCUGAGAAGAAGAAGAUACUGGCCAAAUCAAAGACUAGUGGAGACAGUCUCCAGUCUUCAGAGUUACUUGCUUGCAAAGCCUCAUCCUCAUACCACAAAUAAGCUGUUGGAGUGGCGAUUCAGCUUCAGCUCAGCUGAGCUGCUUCUCAGUUCUGCUAUGGUGCCAUGGCAGAAGCAAGUGCUCAUGGUAGUGAAAGCUUUGCGAAGGAAAUACUUGCAAGAACCAAAGCUUGUUGCUUCCUAUCACUUGAAAACUGUUAUGUUUUGGGUUCUGGAGUCGAUGCCCAAGCAAACAAGAGAAUCUUGCAGUCGAGGUGCUUUGUUGCUAAGCCUUAUUGAUAAACUUUUGUCAUGUCUGAAAGCCAAAAAUUUACCUCAUUUUUUCAUUCCGGAAAAUAAUAUGUUUAGUCACUAUGAAGAUGUAGACAUCCUCACAGUUCUUUCCAAAGUUCAAAGCAUGAGAGAUAAUUUGCCACUGUAUCUAACAGAAGACUUAUUCAUAGCUGCUGUUACUGAGGAAAGAGAAGAGAAGGAAUUUGAAGACACUUACUGGGGAAUUAUUUAACAUUUUAACCCCUAAGAGUUAGUGGCUUCUAAUUUCUCUUUAAAGUAUCACCCUUAAUCUACAAACUUGCUUCAGAAGUUAGACAUAAACUUGCCUGCUUGCUUGUUUGCAAGUCAAAUGUGCCCAGAUACCUACACAAUGAUAUACUAAGAUAAUUUUGCGAUUCAAAAAUGCAGUGCCAUGGUUAAUAACCAUUGGUUCUAUUCAAGUCUUAUGACUUACAUGCUGAACAAAUUGCUCAGUCUAGGAGACACUACUAUGUAACCUGCCUGUAUCCCAUGAGGACCUCUCCAUUAUCCAUCUAGAUUCAUUUAAAUAAGAUAAACAUUUAUGUUAAAUAGUUCAGUUAUGUCCAAAAAUGAGGCAGUAAUGAAAAUGGAAUAUUUGACAAAAAUUUUGUUAAACUGAGUGACUGUUCAAGGAUUUUAUGAUUUUGGCAAAUUUUAGUCAAA